GCUGCAACCCAAAUUAGACAUAGGAAGCAACAAUGCUGCCUCUAGCUAUAAUGGCCGCGUGCCUCAGUGCAGCCCUGUCGGCCCCCAGUCUGGACCCACAGCUGGACGAGCACUGGGAUCUGUGGAAGAGCUGGCACAGUAGGAAAUAUCAUGAGAAAGAGGAGGGCUGGAGGAGAAUGAUAUGGGAGAAGAACCUGAAGAAGAUUGAACUGCACAACCUGGAGCACUCAAUGGGCACACACUCUUACCGCCUGGGCAUGAACCACUUUGGAGACAUGACUCACGAGGAGUUCAGGCAGAUCAUGAACGGCUACAAGGCCAAAGCACAGAGGAAAACCAAGGGGUCCCUGUUCAUGGAGCCCAACUACCUGGAGGCCCCACGAUCUGUGGACUGGAGGGAUAACGGCUACGUCACUCCCGUCAAGGACCAGGUACUAAAGGUUUAAUGUCUCGCGUGGUCA